UACAUACAUAUAUACAUACAUACACACAUACAGUGUGUGUGUGUGCAUGUCAAAUUAUCACAUAGUACCAAGUAAGUUUGUACAAAUAAAAUAAUAUUCCUAUGACAUGUAAGGCUCCAAGUUGAAGACAUAGCCCUAAUACAUGUGUGUGUGUGUAUGUGUGUGUGUUUGUGUGUGUGUUUUGUUUUGUUUCGUUUCAGAGAAGGUUUCCUGUAAGACAUGGACCAAGGUAUCUAGCAUGGCUCUUUCCAUUCAGCUCCCAAUGGGGCUGCAUUGAGAAGAUUAGUACCUAUGUGUUCUCCCUAACGUGCCCCUGCUCUGAUCACUGUAGACUGUCAUUACAGGGAUCUGUGUCAUUUGAGGAUGUGGCUGUGGAUUUCACCCAACAAGAGUGGCACAGACUGGACUCUACCCAGAGGAACAUGCACAAGGAUGUGAUGCUGGAGACCUACAGUCACUUGGCAUCUGUGGGUGAGGAUGAGUGUGUCUGGGUAACCCCUGGGAGCAUAUGGUUCCUGUCCUAUAUGCCACCACUGCAGUUUAGUGAUAUAUUAGUUUUAGAUUGAAGAGUUGAAGCUGAAAAAAAAAAUAAAAAAAAGAGUUACAGCUGAAUGAUCAGUUUAGGGCUCCAGGAAGAAUGUGUUCUCAUGUCCCCAAAUGUAAGGUUUAAAUGGGCCCCUUCCUUGUGCAGCUCAUGAAAGAUGUACCUUCCUCCUCCAUCAGAUGCCCUAAAGCUCAAACUUCUUGGCCCAUGUCCUGUGCCAUUUCCCAUUAACAGGCCUCUGCGUGGCCAAACCAGACAUGAUCUUUAAGUUGGAGAGAGGAGAAGAACUGUGGAUAUUAGAAGAGGAAUCUUCAGGCUGUAAUUACUCAGGUCUCACCGUACAGCCCAAGUUGUCCUGAAAGUUGUGAUCCUCCUGCUUCAGUCUCCCAAUUACUGAGAUUACUGGUUUGAAUUACUGUGUCUAGCUCCAAAUUAUAACAUUAUAAGACUAUGUUAAGUGUUUUAUAUUAUGACAGGGGAAGCCAUUUGGGGAUUUUACAUGAAUGAAUGACACACAUCUUGUUUUUAAAGGACCUCUGUCUCUGCUGUCUGGCAACAGUUCAAUUGGGGGUAAUGCCCUUGUACUGGAGAAUAACAUUUUUCAGUAUCAGAGUAUUCAAACUUUGAAUCAAAAUGUUGAUUAUAACAGAUGUGAGGAAGACUUCCAUGAAGAAACAGGUUUUAUUCAACAUAAAAGGACUCAUACCAGAGAUAAAAACUUUGAAUGUCAUGAAUGUGGAAAAGUAUACUGCAGGAAAUCUAACCUUGUUGAACAUCUGAGAACACAUACAGGGGAGAGGCCCUAUGAGUGUGGUGAAUGUACAAAGACUUUCAGUGCAAGGUCAUACCUCAUUGCUCAUCAGAAAACUCACACGGGAGAAAAGCCCUUUGAAUGUCAUGAAUGUAGAAAAUCUUUUGGCAGGAAGUCACAACUCAUUCUACAUUGCAGAACACACACAGGAGAGAGGCCCUAUGAAUGUACUGAAUGUGGGAAAACCUUUUCUGAGAAGGCAACCCUCACAAUCCACCAGAGAACCCACACUGGUGAGAGGCCUUAUAAAUGCAAUGAAUGUGGUAAGACAUUUCGUGUCAAGAUAUCUCUCACCCAGCACCUAAGAACUCACACAGGGGAGAAACCCUAUGAAUGUGGGGACUGUGGGAAAAACUUCCGAGCAAAGAAAUCCCUAAACCAACAUCAAAGAAUUCACACAGGUGAGAAACCCUAUGAGUGUGGAGAAUGUGGGAAAUUCUUCCGAAUGAAAAUGACUCUAAAUAAUCAUCAAAGAACUCACACAGGUGAAAAACCCUAUCAUUGUAAUGAAUGUGGGAAAGCCUUCAGGGUACAGUCAUCUCUGGGAAUCCAUCAGAGAAUCCAUACAGGAGAGAAGCCCUAUGAAUGUAAUAAAUGUGGAAAUGCUUUCUAUGUGAAAGCUCGUCUCAUUGAGCAUCAGCGUAUUCAUUCAGGAGAGAAACCCUAUGAAUGUAGUGACUGUGGGAAGAUCUUUAGCAUGAAGAAAUCCCUUCGUCAACACAAGAAGACUCACACUGGUGAGAAGCCUUAUGAAUGUAGUGAAUGUGGAAAUGCUUUUUAUGUGAAAGUGCGCCUCAUUGAGCAUCAGAGAAUUCACACAGGAGAGAGGCCUUUUGAAUGUCAGGAAUGUGGAAAGGGCUUCUGUCGGAAAUCCCACCUCACAGAACACCAGAGAACUCACUUGGGCCGAUCCUUGCUUUGUGCAUUGGAGAAAGCUUCUCCUUGAAGAGUCCCUCACUCCCAACACUGGGCCAAGCCCCUAGGGGCAUCUAAUCAAGCAGAACAUGCAAAGCACAUUUGCCACUGUUUGGUACUUAGACUGGUAUAAAAAUGUGUCUGCUCCCUUUAGAGAAUAGCUUAGUAUUGCUUGCUUUUUUUUUUGGAGACACUUUGUAGCCCAGGCUGGCCUUGAACUUUUGCCAGUCUUCUGAGUGCUUUGACAACAGGUGGGCAAAACAGUCUGUCUGUCUUUUUUCAUUUGUAUUUCUCAAUUUAGUGAUGAAGUUGAACAUAUUGUGUGAUGAUUAGCCAUUUGAAUAUUUUUUUAAAUCUGUACUGAUUGCUUAUAUCCUUUGUUCACUGUUUCCUAAUGAGAACUUUAUCUUACUCUCUGGUUUAAAUGUUGUUGUUGGUGUUAUUGUUUAACAUGUAAGCAUAUAAAGUCCUCAUUCAUGUGUUAAAAUAUCUUCUCUCAGAUUACUCAGCUGGUUUUUCAAUUUUGUUAACUCUUUUCUUGCACUAAAGUUUUAUGUUUAAGCUAUUGUCUGUUUUAAGGUGGUAAUAUUUAUUUAUACUUCCUCAAACAUUUAAAAUUUGAAUCUACUGUGAGAUUUUUUUGAUAUAGUAUGGAGUCUGCAAUGUAUAAUACUAUUUUGUCUUGUUAAUUUUUUUUUACAGAAAUUGUGUCACAUUGUAGUUAAAUGCUUAGCAAGUUGGCUUGUUUUCAAUUGACGUUACCUUCCUAAGAUCUGUCCCUGUUGGUAACUUUAAGUCUUGUGCCAGUUAUUAAGCUAUUCUGUUCUUACUGUAAGUCCACCCUUCUAGAGUGUGCUUUGUUACUCUGAAACAUAUUCUGCCUUGUCAACUGCUACCUUUUGGAACUUGGCUAAUAAGAUUCUGGAUACAGCCAGCCUGUGGUGGCACAUGCCUUUAACCCCAGCACUCAGGAGGCAAAGGCAGGUAGAUCUCUGAGUUUGAGGCCAUGCUG